AUGCUCCGCCAGGCACCAGACUGGCUAGCUAGCCCUGCCUUCAACCCCGUCCGGCCAGUCAUUUGGGUCAAGCAGCAGCGAUCUGCCUCUCGGACGCUGGGGUCUGCGUGCGAGCUGUCAACCCAGGCGAAGGUGGAGAGGAGCCGAGACCUUCCCAGCCCUUGUCGGCCCCUGCACGGGAGACAACCCCAGAGGUUGCUGCAGCAGAAGCGGCUGCCUGACCCACUGCCACCAGGGAAGCUGCAGGGUGAGGGAAGUCAAGGGGGAACAAAGGCUCGGAAGGUCACGGGCACGGGUCUCACGCCCAGUGUGAGGCGCCGCCGCUGCCCCGGCCGCCGGGACUCGCGGCACAAAGGGGGCCCGGGGGCUGCGGGGAGCAGGGGCGACACCCGCCGGGGUCUCCCGGUGCAAACUUGGAGAGGCUCAGCCGCCCGCCGCCGCCGCCCGCCGCCUCCCCGCCGCGCCCGCCGGGGACCUGGACUCACCGGGGGGCGCCCGGCGCGCCAGCGGCUCGGAAGCGCGGACGGACUGACGGACGCACGGUGGACGGCGGCGGCGGGAGCAGGAACCGCCGCAGCGGGAGCGGGGCGGGCGGCGGAGGCGCUGCCGCGGCCCCGCUACGUCACAAUGCGGCCGGGCCGCCGGCGCCGCUCCCCCGGCCCCCCAACGGGCGCGCGCGGGCGGGGGCAGCCCCGGGGCGGCCGGGCGCGGAGCCGGCGCGGGGGGACACGGGGCGCACCGCCGGGGACGGGGGCGCGGCCACACCGCCCGGGCUGCCGGAGCCGCCGCGCGCCCCGCGUCCCCGCGCCCGCUCCCCCCACCCCACCGGGCCGCGCGCCCCUGCUCCGCCCGCCUGACGGCGACCCUCCCCGGCCGGCCCACGCCCCUCCCGCGCCGCCUCCCCACCCGCCCGCCGCUGUCCGCGAACCUGCGCUUCCUUCUCCACCUUUCGCUCGUUCGCCUCUGCUGCCUUUGCGUCUCCCCAGUUAG